UGGGAUCUAGUUUAGGCUCCAGCCCUCCAUCCCCUCUCCACCUCUCCAGCUCCUCUGAGAUCCGUGUCUUCGUAUUGUCCCACCUUUGCCUCCUCUUCUUCAUCAUCUUCUGCCCCCGUUUUCGCGCGCCAUGUCUCCUCUCUGCGUCGCCUAAGCAGUCACCGACCCCCCCACGACAAUGGACAUCGGCGGGCUGACCACGGUGGUGGCCAAUUCCGCCUACAUCAACGCCCGCGGAAGCAUCGACGGCUCCAACGCCGCAGCAGCCCGGGACAAGAAGUACCACUCUCGCCUCAAGCUGCCCCACAUCACCGUGUGCGAGGGCCUGAGGGACACGCUGGAUUUGGCCUUUGACAUCAUCUGCGUGGAGCAACCCAUUGGCAAGCGCCUCUUUCGGGAAUUCUUGGACGCCAAUCCAGAGUACCACGGGCCCUGCCGUCUGUGGAAAGACAUCGAGAGCUACGACCUGGCAGAGGACUCGGAGAGGAUGAACAAGGCCUCAAAGAUUGUCCAGCGUUACAUGGAGACCUCGGCCAAACACUACUGUCCCUUCCUGUCUGAGGACAUCAUAGCUAAGGUGAAGGAAGGCCAGGAGUCAGUACAGGACGACUUGUUCGCCGCGGCGUUGGCCACGACGUUGGACUACCUGCGGGAAGCGCCCUACAUCUUCUACCUGGAGAGCAUGUACCUGAAGAGGUUCCUGCAGUGGAAGUGGCUGGAGAUGCAGCAGAUGGACGCGGACUGGUUCCUGGACUUCCGCGUGCUGGGGAAAGGUGGGUUCGGGGAGGUGUCGGCGUGUCAGAUGAAAGCCACGGGGAAACUGUACGCCUGUAAGAAACUCAACAAGAAGAGGCUGAAGAAGAGGAAAGGCUAUGAGGGUGCGAUGGUGGAGAAGAGGAUUCUGGAGAAGGUUCACAGUCGCUUCAUUGUGUCUUUGGCCUACGCCUUCCAGACAAAGGAAGAACUUUGUCUGGUCAUGACCAUCAUGAAUGGAGGAGACCUCAAGUACCACAUCUACCUGGUGGAUGAGACCAAGCCGGGCUUUGAAGAACCCAGAGCCUGUUUCUACACGGCUCAGAUCAUUCAGGGCCUGGAGCACCUGCACCAGAAAAGAAUCAUCUACAGGGACCUCAAACCAGAAAAUGUGCUGCUAGAUAAUGACGGGAACGUACGUAUAUCUGACCUGGGUCUUGCUGUGGAGCUGAAAGAAGGCAAAACGAUGACCAAAGGCUACGCUGGGACACCAGGCUACAUGUCCCCGGAGAUGUUGAAAGGAGAGAAAUAUGACACCUCGGUGGACUAUUUCACUCUGGGAGUGACUCUGUAUGAGUUCAUAGCUGCUAAGAACCCGUACAGGAACAGAGGAGAGAAGGUCGACCGUGAGGAGAUGAAAGAGCGCGUGCUGACGCGGGUGGCGGAUUAUACGGACAAUUUCACUGAGAAUGCAAAGUCGCUCUGUGAAGGGCUGCUGGCCAAACAGGUCGAUGUGAGGAUGGGUUUUAAGAAUGGAUCCUGUGACGAGAUCAGAGCUCACCCAUUCUUCAAAGACAUCAACUGGAGGAAACUCAACGCAGGUAUUCUACCGCCUCCCUUUGUCCCUGACCCUAAAGUGGUGUACGCCAAAAGUCUGGAUGACGUUGGGGCGUUCUCUUCGGUGAAGGGCGUGGCCUUGGAGGACCCCGACAAAACCUUCUUUGACGAGUUCUCCACUGGCAACAUCGCCAUCCCCUGGCAGGAGGAGAUGAUUGACAUGGGUAUUUAUAGAGAACUCAACAUUUGGGGUCCUGACGGCAGCCUCCCAAAUGACCUCCGCAGGGAGUCCAUACUAGAGCAGCCAAAGUCAUCGACCUGCUGCACGUCGUAGAGUGAAUGGCGUGUCUUGAAAGACUCAGAUAUUCAGAACAGACACUAAUCUCUUCUGAUUGUAGAAUCACAAUGGGCCCGAACAGAAAAAAGCAGAUUUUCUACCUGGAAUGGACUAAACCAUUGAUUUAGCGCCCGUACAAAUCACACCUAGCUAAGCAGAAUUUGCAAAGUUUUUGUAUUUUUUUAGCUUUCUAUCCACAUGGAACUGCGGUUUUGGGAUCCCUGAAGCACUAGUUUUGGAAAACGUGUCCCAGAGGGAAAAAUCUGAAAUUGUCACCCUUGCAUUUCAUGUGUACCAAUAGGCAAGUAAACCCUAACCCCACCAGGCGUAGACGCAAGCUUUAUGCACAUGCUCCAUGUCUUCUUCUGCGUUUUUUGUGUAUUUCUAAAGCAGCAUUACAGCGCCACAUACAGGCCUGGCAUAUAUACUACAGUCGUUUUGAAAGGUUUUUGUGUGUAUGAAGACAUUUCUUGAAACAAUGUUGUUUCCAGAAAUUCUAUUGGGAAAAUUUCCGUGUGGAUAAGGCCUUGAAAACUAAAGCCGUGUUUCCAUCGAGUGGACUGGCUGUUUUUGGUAUGGUGUAGUGUGUAUUUCUUUUGCGUCUGCAUUAGGAAAAGUACUAAAAUUACUGAAGAGUAAAAUGGUACGGUAAGGUCAGGGUGGAGCUUGACCUGCUCUAACCAGUAACAUGUCACUUCCUUGGGACCAGUGUUUCUUCAAGGCCUGAAGUCUAUUCUCAUAUAUAGCUUGACGUCUUGUUGAGACAAACGACCACACACUGAGCUGCUGGAUGUCCUCCUUUGUUGUCUGUUGUGCCGCAUUCAAAGUCAUUGUUCGUUGUAGUUGCACUGGUACGAUGUCACUCUUCAUGUAUCUUGCUGACCAUUGGGCACAGCCCACACCACGCCUACCAAGACGUUAAGAAGUUACUGUUCUCAGUUGAAACCCAAGCCCCGACCCAGGGCUUUACCAUUCCAAACCGUACCAUAAUGUACACUUGUACCAAAUAUCCCCUCCUCACACGUACACUUGACUUGCUUAACAGUGGACAUAGUUGAAGCUUGGUUCUGGAGGCAGAAGUAAGAAGACCAGUGUCUGCCUUUGUUGACUUUGCAGCAAGAGUCGCUAAUGUUGCUAAAUUGGUGGCGACAUGGUGUCUGCUGUGUUUGCACGAUGUUAGGCGCUCUCUAAAUCAGGGUUUCCUCAAUCCUGGCCCUGUGGACCUACUGCUUCAGCUAAAAACCUGUUCACGAUCCAUAUUUGAAUCAGGUGUGUUGGAGCAGGGAAACAAAUUAAAGCUCCUUGUCCAAAAGCUCUGACUGGACAGUGUAGUGUUGGAGCUUAAGUGCAUGAACACAUUUGAAUAUUUGAUUGGCUGGUGCUGUGUAAGAAGAUGGAAAUGUUAAACCUUUCUAGUGGCAGUGCUAGCAAAGCAAAGCAAUGCGCUCACAAUGCCCUUCAGCAAGAUUUGAUGCCAUUCAAAGUGAAUGAAAAGCUCCCUCCACCGUGAAUGUGUGAAUUGAAUUGGCCACUGUCUUUGUACAUAUGUUGUUAUUACCGUGCUUUUAGAUCGGGCAAUUUUCCAGCCGGUGUAUAGCGAUGUGGUACCGUUGGUGCUAAGUGACGGUCACAUGUUGAACAUGUAAGAUCUUCAUUUCCCUCCAUUGUGUUUAUAUAGCAUGUAUGCUGUUUAUAGUGAGUGCUUUUACUUUCCUAGUUUUUAAAGCUAUAUUUUACAGUUUAUCAAAAGGUGAGGCGCCAUGAUAAAUGCAAAAUUUUAUGCUGUUUGUUAAAAUUUUCUCAGAGGUCCAGUGGGUGAAAUUUAGGAGGGUUUUUUUUUGGUAGCAAACUGAAUAUACUACCAAUACGUAUGUUUGUUUAAUCACAAACAAUAGUUUUGUUUUUGUAGCUUAAAAAUAAGCCAUGUAUUUACAUCCUUUCUGGUAUGCAACGGCCAUAGGAAUCAUCCGUUUGUUACAAUCUGCAAUCUUUUCUGCAACCAUUAGAUGUCACUAAUUCUUACACACUGGACCUUUUAAAUAUUUAAUUAUGGUUAAUAAAUACUUACUGCACUAAUAGCCAGAGCACUUUUGACAUUGAUAAGGUUUAUGUAGGUUUAUUACCACAAGACAAAUUUGAAUAGAAGAGAAAUGUUUACAAUAACAGUUUAUAUCAGUUUAUUUCUGAAAACAAAGUGUGGAACAAAAGUUGUGAAUGAAGUCAGAAUCAGAAACAAAUGUAUGGAAAAAGUACUGGUGAAUAAAAAAAGGCUUAUUAAAA